AUGAGUCAUACAUACCCCCAGCCAGUCAUCCAAACUCGGGUAGACCUGCCCCACUACGAACGAGAAGAACCAAUUGAGGCCCAGCGUAAUACCCACCCCAACUUCUCGGUGGGAGUCCGGCAGAAUUUCAGGAACGAUAAGCCAGGGGAUGGGACCAGGGCCAAAGGAGAAGCUGGAAA